AUGCUUAAGAUUUGGGGACUUGUUCUCUUCUAUGGACUGCUCACACAGAGUUCUGCACACGCAAGAAGACAUAAGCAGAUCUGGACUUACCCACAUGCAAAAGCAUCUGUUCAGGCAGAGGCAUCAGCAGAGGCAAGCUUACUCUCGAGAACAGCUACUGGUUUACACCGCCAGCUGUUAAUCACAAAUGCUCAAGGAAAUCUUAAGAAACUCGCCAUCAUGAAGGCCUUGUACUCUAUUCAAGGUGGAUUGUUGGGAAAUUCCCAUGCAGGACUGGAUGCCAACUCUUUUGACCUGGAGUUUUCUUCGAUUAAAGUUAUAGGGGCCUACAUCCUUGGUAUUAAUAUUACACAAAAUGAAGACAGACAUCAGCUGUCAGCAACAUUCCCUACAAUCUUGACUAUAAACGCAAAUAUAAAGUUUGUUGGAAAUAUUGACUUCACAAUAGAAGUGAAUAACAAAUUUCAAAUUGGAACAGAGAUGGAUGAAAAUGAAGAUGUUUACCUGGUCAUUCAGGAUUGUAACACUGACUUUGUUAAUUUACAAGUCAAAACCCCCAGCAGGGUACUCAAUUCUAUCCUGAAUGCACUUACAAGUGUUCUGGAUCCUGUCGUCCCCCAACUGGUAGAGGAAGCACUCUGCUCAGCAGUCAAUGCAUGCUUACCGCGGUUAGAUGUUAAACUGAGAGAGGAUCUUGCUGUGGCUGAGUUACCCGGACCAUUUGUUGGCUCUUGUGUCAUGGUUGCACUGGAGUUUUAA